AUGGUAAAGAGGAUCUUAAUGGAUAAUGGUAGCUCAACUGAUAUCCUGUUCCUCGAAGCUUUUCAAAAGAUGGGCCUGGGCGAAGAAAAGCUGAAGAGGGUUGAACACCCAUUACAGGGGUUCUCAAGAGCCCCAGUAAAGGUUGAAGGUUCAAUUGAAUUACCAGUAAGAGAUGGCACUGAAGAUCGCCAAGUCACAGUUAUGAUAAAUUUUCUCGUGGUCGACAUCACUUCUGCGUACAAUGCCAUAUUGGAAAGAUUUGGCUUGAACCUAUUAAAAGCCAUCGUCUCUACACCACAUCUCAAGAUGAAGUUCUCUACAAAGAAUGGGUUAGCCUCAGAUAUACCCGGAAUAGCUAAAGAAGUGAUUGAGCAUCAACUAAGUGUUGAUCCGACUAAGAAGCCUAUGCAGCAGAAGAAGAGAACCUUCACCCCCGAGAGGCAGCAUAAGAUAGAAGAAGUUGAGAAAUUACUGAAGGCUAAGUUCAUCCGGGAGAUCCAAUAUCCAGAAUGGAUAUCUAAUGUGGUGAUGGUCCCAAAG